ACUUAGUAAAACCAUGUCUGGAAAUAGCGCCAUCCCCAGCGUCGAGCUUUAAACUGACUUGCCUCUAUGCCCGGCAUAAAGAUCAUUUCGCAACCCAACGCUCCCUCUCCUUUUUUCUCUUCCGCAGAAGGAAUCUAGGGUUUUGAACAGUGAUUUCCUCCCAAUCUGUUGCCGAAGCUAACUGCUGCAGGUGAAAAUGCAAAAUCGAUGUUGACAUAAAGGGCGGGUUAAUGGCGACUGAGAGUCCAAUUAGAAUUGUAGAAACAAGUCGAAAAUGGGUCUCGCAUAAGGAAACUGUGACAUUUGCACCUUCAUCUGCCAAUGUGGCUGCAGGGGAGGUCAGGGGGCUUUUGAAGGGCCAUAGAUUUGACGGCAGUAGUAGGGACAUGGUUCCCAACCGAAGUGGAAGUGCACCACCAAGCAUAGAAGGUUCAUUUACAGCAAUAGAAAACCUCAGAUCCCAGAGGAACUUUAGCCUUAACAUGAGUAUGACAAGUCUUGACAGUGCAGUUGAGAACCAUGAGUCUGAGGAACAAUUACGUGCUGAUCCAGCUUAUUUAGCAUAUUACUGCUCGAAUGUAAAUUUAAACCCUAGACUUCCUCCCCCUCUUAUACCUCGGGGAAUUCAGCAACAAGCAUGCCAUAUUGGUGGUUUUGUCCAAGAUUGGAGAUUGACUUCUUCCAAUGAUAGAGGUGAUGGCUUCUUACAGUUGCAAGGAACCCUUUCUACCCACAGGGAGGAUCCUGAGGAUGAUAAGUCACCUCAACAUGGUUCUGAUGAUUGGGCAGAGAGAAGCUGCGGGUUUUUGUCUCGACCUGAUACAGGUUCCUUGGCAGAAAAACAUAAAAGCUUAGUUGAUCUAAUACAGAAUGAUUUUCCCCGAACUCCAUCUCCUGUAUAUAAUCAGCCUCGCCCUGUAAGCCAUGGAUCCACAGAGGAAGUAGUUGAUCAUGAUGCUGAUUCCAGUGUCUCGCAUGAUCCUUAUGUUAGCACAUCUAAUGCAGUUGCAUCUACUGUGGGUGCGGAGGAAAUGGGAUCAUCAUUGAAUGCUGAUUCCUCAAAUGCUCAUGUUUCCAGAUCAUUUUCUCUUGAUAGUACAGGGUGCACAUCUCCCACAUUACCCCUGCACAAAGAAGAUCCAAACAAUUUAGAUAUCCAUGUUGAGGAUGAAGCUUUGUUUAGUGGAGUUACUGAUUCAGAUGUUACAAGCAUUGAGUCUGAAAUGAAGGCUGUUAAUUUGUCUAGCUUUUCGAAUCCAGAAAAUCACAGACAUAAAGAAUGGCAGCUAGGCCAUCAGAAUAAUUUGCUGCAACAGCAGGUUUGUCAACAGCAAAGCAGUACAUUUCAAAUUCAAGGUGCGAAGUCUCGAAUGAUAUCUCAAGAAAUGAAUCACGCAUACAUUGGCAUGGACCAACUCCUUCAUGGGCCCUCGAAGCUCUCCUCAGCAGAAGUACAACCAGUGCUUCAGUCAUCUGGGUUUAACCCUCCACUUUAUGCAACUGCUGCAGCCUAUAUGACUUCUGCAAAUUCAUUUUACCCUAAUCUGCAGCCCCCAGGCUUAUUUUCUCCGCAAUAUGGCGUUGGUGGAUAUGCUAUGAAUAACACACUUAUUCCUCCUUUUGUAGCUGGAUACCCUCCCCAUGGUGCUGUUCCUUUUGCUUUUGAUGGUAUUGCUGGUUCAAGCUUCAAUGCCCGAUCUUCUGGGAUUCCAGCUGGAGGAAGUAUUGGACAUGGUCUUGACACACAACAUUUGAACAAGUUCUAUGGACAUUUUGGAUUUACAGUUCAACCUUCUUUCACUGAUCCUCUUUAUAUGCCAUAUUAUCAACAACCUUUUGGCGAUGCAUAUAAUGUUUCUGGUCAAUUUGAUCCAUCGGCAUCAAGAGGUGGUGUUAUUGGAAGCCAGGUUCUUGACUUGCAGAAAGGAACUGACAUUCCAGCUUGCUCUUCUGAUCAAAAAAGUCCAUAUCAAAAAAGUGGAGGCCUAAGUAACCUGAAUCCUAGAAGAUGGGGCAGUACAAGUCUUAAUCAUUUUGGAAGUGCUACAAAUAUGGGUGCUCUGAUGCAAUACCCAACCUCGCCUUUGGCAAGUCCAGGGUUGCCGGGAUCCCCAUUAAGUGGGAGUACUCUUCCUGGAGGGGGAAAUGAAUUGAAGUUUCCUCCAGGUGCUGGUAAAGCUGCAGGCGUAUAUUCUGGAUGGCAAGGUCAAAGAGGGUAUAACAAUUCUAUUGAACCAAAGACAUACUCUUUCCUUGAAGAGUUGAAAUCUGGCAAAGGCCGGAGAUUUGAGCUUUCUGAUAUUGCUGGACAUAUUGUUGAACUCAGUGCUGAUCAACAUGGGAGUCGAUUCAUUCAGCAAAAAUUGGAAAAUUGUAGUAUUGAAGAUAAAGCAUCUGUAUUCAAAGAAGUCCUUCCACAUGCUUCAAGAUUAAUAACUGAUGUUUUUGGUAACUAUGUAAUUCAAAAGUUUUUUGAGUAUGGAAGCCCUGAGCAGAGAAAAGAACUAGCAAAUCAACUUAAAGGCCAGAUCUUGCCUUUAAGUCUGCAAAUGUAUGGCUGUCGUGUAAUCCAAAAGGCACUUGAGGUUAUUGAACUUGAACAGAAGACACAGCUUGUUCAUGAACUUGAUGGACAUGUUAUGAGAUGUGUACGUGAUCAAAAUGGAAAUCAUGUAAUACAGAAGUGCAUCGAGUGUAUUCCAAUGGACAAUAUUGCGUUUAUUAUCUCUUCUUUUCGUGGUCAAGUUGCAGCCCUUUCUAGGCAUCCUUAUGGUUGCCGUGUCAUACAGAGAGUUCUAGAGCACUCUACAGAUGAGUUGCAGAGUCAUUUUUUAGUGGACGAGAUCUUGGAGAGUGUUUAUGUUUUGGCUCAGGACCAGUAUGGCAACUAUGUUACGCAGCAUGUAUUGGAGAGGGGUAAACAUCACGAAAGAAGCCAAAUUAUUAGCAAGUUGUCUGGGCAUAUUGUACAGUUGAGCCAGCAUAAAUUUGCAUCAAAUGUUAUUGAGAAAUGCUUGGAGCAUGCUGAUACAGCUGAGAGGGAACUCUUGAUUGGGGAGAUUUUUGGCGAUGAUGAUGGAAAUGAUAAUUUAUUGACAAUGAUGAAGGACCAGUUCGCAAAUUAUGUAGUCCAGAAGAUUCUUGAAAUAUGUGCUGAUCAUCAACGGGAAAUAUUGUUGAGUCGCAUAAGAGUUCAUCUCCAUGCUUUGAAGAAGUACACUUAUGGAAAACACAUCGUUGCCAGAUUUGAACAGAUGUUUGGGGAAGAAAUUCAAGCAACUGAUUAAUGAUAAACUGGGAGGGAAGUAUUGUGCAGACUCUUGCUUGUGCUGCUGUGGCUCAAAAUUGAGAGGAAUAGCGUAAGGCAAGCACUCCUGAGCCCUCGUUUUUAUGGAGGCUGCCAAGGAACUCAAAUAGGUGCAAUGCAUGUGCUGUGGUGGGGAGCUUCUACCAUUAACUGGGUUUAGAUUGGUAUUUCAUGUGUAUUAUAUAUAUAUAUAUAUAUUGCGGUACCUAUUUAUUUAUGUAUAGGAUCAAUGGACUAGAUCCCAACAAAUUCAAGGGAAAUACAAUAAGAAAGAUGUUUUUUAUGCUGUAAUAAUGGUUAUUGUAUUUGUUUUUCCAA